AUGGGCCAUGGCUUUUCAGCUCAAGCGUACAACACUCUGAAGAACUUCGAAACGUCGACGCACCACCUGACUCGACAUGUACGACAGGUUGUAAUCAUGGACAGGUCUACCUUCUCUGUAAAACAUAUAUUUAACAACGUGGCUUCGGAGUACAUGACCGCCUUCGAGACGAAAGACCUCAACGAUAUACUCGAUAAAAUCCCCUCGAUGUUUUCGUCGAGAGAAAACGAUGAUGUUUUGACCGUUUAUCUCAGGACACCGGUAAAAGAAUUUUACCACAGGUUAAAGAGACGCGGUCGCAAAGAAGAAAUGGGGAUCGACGUGGGAUAUCUUACGAAGAUCCACGAGCUACACGAACAACACAUCUACGAUAAAGCGUACGGCAGGUUGUUGGUAGUCGACAGUUUUGAUAUACACGAUUUCAAGCAAACAUUGACCGAGUUUGUGGAUUCGAGUGGCCGUAAACGUCAACGCAACCUGGUGAAUCUCAUUUACGACAUCUAUAUGAGUGGUACCACCCACGUCAUGGACGUAAGGUCAAACGAUGACUAA